ACACAAUCAUUAGCAUUCAUAACAUUUACUCUCAUAUUAAUUUUCAGUUUUAAUGGUACAUAUGUUUGGAAUAUGUUUGGAUUAGAAAUGAGUCGGACAAAAUCACGGUUAUUGUGAUUUUAUUGAAUAAUAAAGUGUUAGUGGUUCAUUGUAAUUAUGUUAAUCUCAACUACAAAUCCGAAUACGGACUUGGUGCAGGUUCAGAUUGACGUGAAAUUUGACAGAAUCACGGUGUACAAUGUAAUUGGUCUCUUAAUAAUUGAAGGUCCCUCAAUCCAUUCACAUUUCAAGGAACAUUUGCAAUUGUGAAAAUUUAACCAAGAAACCAUAGACUUCCCUUCCAAAGAGUUGAGACUUGCAUGACAAUGAGUUGUUGAUGAACUCCCCAAUGAUGUUUUCAGUAUGCACAAACAAAAGUUGAAUUUGGUUAUUUUCAUAUUGUCAAAGUGGCAUAAAGGAGAGGAAUAUGAUCCAUGGAAUCAAAUAUUAGGAAGAAACUUCACAUUCACGUUUGCUGCAACUUUCUACAUCUACUAAGAAAUCUUGUGUAUUAUCCAUUCAUUAGUAUAUGGUAAUUCUAAUUUAAUAAAACAUACAACUUCCUCAAGGAAACCAAAAGCACUAUUUGUAUAACUUGCCAUCAUCAUUCAAGCAUCAUUUACCUUCAAAAGAGGAGAAAAGCAAAACAUGAUGAAAUUGGAUGAACCAAAGCAAAGAUCAAUCAUCAAUAGUUACAUACAAAUGAAAAGGAAUCCCUUUCUUGUGACUCCAUUCCAAAGCCAUCCCUUUCACCCUUUUUCUCCUUCCUCAAAACCCACAUAUAAAAACAUAUACUUUCUCCACCUUCUUCUUCCUUCCUCAACAAUAUCACCAUUUCAUUCAUAUUAUGUCUCUAACAGGCCGUCCUCGUGUCGUCGUCAAUGGAGUUCGAAGAAUGAGAACCUUCCACUAUUUCUGGUGUCUCAAUUGCCAACGUACUGUGAGAAUACCCUCAACAAUAACAAUGCAUGCCUCUAUCUGCCCCUAUUGCUUCCAUCAAUUACGUUAUGAACUUGAUGUAUCAAGGACAAGACUUUCAUCUAAUAAUCAAUUAAUGCAUAAUUUGGCUUUCAUCCUUGAUCCAUCUCUCAGAAGACAAAACCAAAACAACACAACACCACAAUGGGAAACAGAACAUGAACAUGAUCAAAAUCAAAAUCAAAAUCAAAAUCCACAAACAUGGAUUACUCUUAGAUUUGUAAGACCAACUACUCCACCAAGUCCUAUUUCCCCACCACAGCAAAACUUGGAUCCACAACCCAAUAACAUCCCUUCAUUAGAUGAGUUCUUUGAUGGAAUGAUUGAAAACAACAUUCGACCAGGGCCGCCUCCUGCGUCGCCUUCAGCUAUCGAAGCCUUGCCUAUGGUGAAAGUGACAGAAACUCAACUGUCAAGUGAUCCAAAUUGUCCAAUAUGUAAAGAUGAAUUUGAGGUUGAUGUAGAAGUGAGAGAGUUACCAUGCAAACAUUUCUACCAUUCUGAUUGUAUUCUUCCUUGGCUCCAUAUGCAUAACACUUGCCCUGUAUGUCGCCAUGAGUUACAAGGGAUUGAUAAUAGUAAUGCUAAUUACAACUACUUUUUCCUCAAUGAGAAUGAGCAACAAGGGUUCAUUGGUUUUGAGGAAUUUGCAAGCAGCAUUAAUUGGAUUUGGAGCCAACUGGCUUUGUUUAGGCCAAUUCGCGCAAUCCUAGAUUGGACAUUGUCCUUCUUUGAUUUCCAACACAACAAUGGUCGCAGUCAUAGUAGAAGUAGUUCUUGGUGGCGAGCAUUGCUCAUUUCACAGCUUUGUCUAUGAGAUUUCAGAUUGAAGCCUGGUUUAUCAUGUUGGAAUUAUUCCAUUGCUUAUGGUAAUUUCUAAAUUUGCUUCACUAUUGAGAGGUCUUGACUGUUCUCACAUCAAAUUUGUGCUGCUUAUUGUGUGCUUGCUGCACUAAUUCAUACUUUAAGCAGUCUAGCAUUCAGGCAUGGUAAGGUGUAAAUUAUGGUUCCAUUAAAAAAUUUAGUAGAUAAGAGGUGUAUAUAUAUAAUUUGUGUGCUAGUCACAUGCAAAAAAUUACACUGUAUAUAUGUUAAUGUGCAUAAAUAUAUUCAAAGAUUGUUUUCUAUAUUGUUGUUAAGGCAUAUAUACCUUUUCCAUUUUUUGUGGUGUUUUUAUUUUCUACUCAAUAUUGUUUCUUCUGUCAGUUUUUUGUUGGAUGUUCUUGUAAAUUUUAAUCUGUUUUUGUUUCUUUUGUAAGAAAACUUGAAACUUCUUCAACUCUUUUGUUAUCUUAAAAUAUAAAUAAUGAAGAAAAAAAAGAGAGUAGAGAACAAGGAAACAUGUAGCAUAGUUGUGUAAGUAAUAAAAGUAGUGUCAGAACUAGUUUGGUGAAAAAGUUUAUAUGUGUAAUUGGAAAGAGGAUGGUAGAAUUGGAUCUGCCCGAGUCAAUUAUCGCAACCGCCGGUUACCUCCACUUUCUGCCACUGCAUCGGUCACCAUCUCCGCCUUGGGGUUAUUCUUCACUCCUGUUUCAAGGUCACUUUAUUUAUUCAUGUACUUAAUUUCAUUACAAAUUGCAAGACUUUGGAGUAUGAAUCUGCUAGUUUAUUUGUGUGCUGUAUACUUUUAUGGUUCUUUAGGAAAAUGUGUGUUGGGGUACAUUUUAUGUCUUUAACGUUUUAACUUGUAUGCUAUGACUUAUAGGGGCUUCGGUUGCUUUGGCUCACUUCCCUCCUAUGUGUUCUAAUGGUGUCAAUUA